AUGCCGCCACACAAGAUGGUCUUGGAUGCCGUCCGGUUGGCCUGCGUUUUCUCUUUGCUUGUUGUUGGAAGUGACACGCUCUACGCGAGGAGUGAACCCGGGGAGCCGCCCGAGUACUGCACCGUCUUCCACCACAUGGUGAAAAGCGCGGGCUCAACCGUCAAGAGCUUGCUUCACAGUGGUACACGCAAGGAAGGUCUCCCGAGACCAGGUUCUGGGUCCAGAAAAGACGCGUCCGCUCAUUGGGAGAUGCGGUACAGUCCCGAGGGCCGAAGGCUGACUUGGCUUCAGUGUGGAAAGUACCCCACGGGGGACACUUUCCUUUCUGUAUUGAAGCCAAGUCAGCAAAUUUUCCAGUACUAG